GGAAAAGCAUCCGAGCAUCUUAGCAGCAACAGCACUAACGUUGGACUAAUUAUGACAAAAGCUAAAGGGCAAGUCAUUGACCUAAUUCAGGGCUGGAAUAUGUGGUGAUGAGCGGUAUGCCAUGCAGAGGAGACACAGCAGCAAUACGGAUGGCAUGCCGUCUGAAAGGAGCCGAAGUCAAACUCUGGGGUCAGAGAGCAGCCUGGAUGAAGGCAGUGUGUUUGACUGUCUGAAGCCUGACUCGCCCGCUUCACCCCAGCAGAUCUUCUCAGGUCUAGUGGGUGUUCCCUCUGGUUCUGUUUCCUCUGCCCAAUUUCAGGCAGCUGGCUUAGUCCUGGGCUCUCCCCCUGAGGUUUUUAUCCAGAUGACUGCAUCCUCUAGAGAAGAAGGGGGCCCCCACCGCACUGAGGGUGGACCUCUUGUUCCUCGGCCACCCCAGCACCACCAUCAUCAUCACCACCACUUCCACCACCACCCCUUGCAACACAGGACCUCCUCUCUGCUCCAGCAGGCUACGACAGCAGCAGGCUCAGAGAGGCACAGCUCCAGAGAGGAGGCCCAUGAAGACCCGUCCACUCCGGCCCCAGCACUGUCUGAACUGAAGGCAGUAGUCACAUGGCUGCAGAGAGGCUUCCCCUUCAUCCUCAUUCUGCUGGCUAAAGUCUGCUUUCAGCAUAAGCUAGGUAUUGCUGUGUGCGUGGGGAUGGCCAGCACAUUUGCCUAUGCCAAUUCCACGUUUAGACACCAAGUGUCACUACGGGAGGAGCGAUCUGUAUUUGUCGCUCUGUGGAUCGUCAUGUUCCUUGCGGGGAAUGUAGUGUAUAUCUACUACACGUUCAGUCAUGAGGAACUGCACAACAGCCUCAUAUUUGCCAGGCCCAACCUGAAUAGCUUUGACUUCUUUGACCUGAUCUGGGCAGUGGGCAUCACCGACUUUGUCCUGAAGUACUUCACCAUCAGCCUGAAAUGCUUUGUCCUCUUUUUACCCAAGAUUCUCCUGGGCUUCAAAUCCAGGGGUAAGUUCUACCUGCUGAUUGAAGAGCUGAGCCAGCUCUUUCGGGCCCUGGUGCCCAUUCAGCUUUGGUACAAGUACAUCAUGGGAGAAGACCCGUCCAACAGUUACUUCCUAGGAGCCACACUCAUCAUUAUCUACAGCCUCUGCAAGUCUUUUGACAUCUGUGGACGCGUAUCAGCCAUACGCAAGGCCUUGGUCAUGCUCUGUAGCUCCCAGAGUUAUGGAGUGAGGGCCGGCAGUCAACAGUGCAGUGAGGCAGGCGAUGUCUGUGCUAUUUGUCAAGCGGAUUUCAGAGACCCCAUUGCCCUUCUCUGUCAGCACGUGUUCUGUGAGGACUGCCUGUGUUUGUGGUUCGACAGAGAGAGAACGUGUCCACUGUGCCGCACUACUGUCAUUGAUACCCUGCGAUGCUGGAAGGACGGCACCACCUCAGCUCACUUCCAGAUUUACUAGGCUCUGACACCUUCUUAUACGCACCGGUAAAGCUGUGACGGUGCUUUAGUGUGAGCUAGACAAAGGUGUGUCAUCUUCAUCUGUUUAUGUUAGUGCAGCAAUUCUUUAAAUUAGGGUAAGCAUGACACAGAGCAGAUUAUAUUUAAAUUAUAAUAUUUUCAGUGCGGACAAAUUGAGAAUCACAUGGAGCUGGUGGUAGAGGCCACAGGCAUAAACCUAACCAACAACAUGGUAUUGUGUAAAAGAAUCAAGUCAGUUUGACAGUUGUUGUACAGUUAUGGCAUCAUUCCCAAUUUAGUGUACACGUAGACUUAGCCAAGGAUGUAGAUGGUGCACAACAUUUAAAAAAUAUUGAUAAAAGAAUUUUACCUUGAUUUAGUGUGGUGAUAAUGUAAACAGCAUUCACACUUGUUAGUGGAAAAUGUGACACAGUUGUUUGUAUUCUUUAUUUUUGACAUGACUAUAUUGUCUAUAUUAUUGCAUAAUUUGAUAUUUUUAAGUUGCGUAAAUGGAACAACUGAAUACGGCACAGUCAGCCUUUGGAAAAAAAAAAAAACGGCUUGCCUCACAGAGCGAUCAUAAGUAGAAAUUCAGUGCAAACAUAUGUACUGUGUAGGUUUAAAAAAAGUUCUUAUGGUUAUGUAGAUACUGAAUAAUGAACAAAAGGUAAUGUAUGACUUUUAACUUACCGAUCUUUAAAUAAUUCAGAGUAUAAUUGUUUGUGAUACCAGCCAGGCACCAUUAUCACGACAUUUUGUAGAGUUAUAUCACAUGUGGUGUAGAUAAUGUCCUCCACAGUUUUCCAUUGUUAAUCCUUAUGUUAAUAUUCAUUCUUGGGAUGUAUAAUUGGCAGCAUUGACUUUAAUGCUGAAUUCACUGGAAUGCUGAGGGUUUUGGUUUUGAAUUAAAGCAGCUGAACUCACAUUAU